CUCCGCGCGUGCGUGCCUCCGCGAAGCCCCUGGCGCUGACAAUGGCGGAGCUUGGUGAAGCGGACGAAGCGGAGUUACAACGCCUGGUGGCCGCCGAGCAGCAGAAGGCGCAGUUCACCGCGCAGGUGCAUCACUUCAUGGAACUAUGUUGGGAUAAGUGUGUGGAGAAGCCAGGAAGUCGGCUAGACUCCCGCACUGAAAACUGCCUCUCUAGCUGUGUGGAUCGCUUUAUUGACACUACUCUUGCUAUCACCGGUCGGUUUGCCCAGAUCGUACAGAAAGGAGGGCAGUAGACUAUACCUUAGAAUGACAGAAGACCAAAAGACUUACUAAGCAGAUGGAAUAGCCAGUGGUGAAAGACUUGUCAAAGUGUCUGUUGGUGUUAAAAAGUAAGAGAGCAAAUGUUCAAAAGUGAAAUUUUAUUUAUGGGAAUUCAGUAAUUCCAACUUGUAUCACACCAGUUAAUAAAAGUGAAGUCUCCGA